AUGACCAACCACUGGAAGGACAUCAAGAACACCGAUGUCGUCCUGGUGAUGGGUGCGAACCCGGCGGAGAACCAUCCGUGCGGGUUCAAAUCCGGCCCGGGCUCGGACAUCGCGGUCCUCGGCGGCCUGAUCCGCUACGCGCUCGAGAACGACCUGUACCACGCCGACUACGUGCGCGCCCACACGAACGCGACGUUCGUCGUCGGGGAGGACUACGGGUUCGCAGACGGCCUGUUCGCCGGCUUCAACGAGGCGGCCAGCAACUACGACAAGACGGCCUGGGACUACGAGCGGAGCCCGGACGGCUACGUCCGCCGCGACCCGGCGCUGGCCCACCCGCGCUCGGUGUUCCGGUUGCUGAAGCAGCACUACGACCGCUACACGCCCGACGUCGUCGCGGACAUCGCCGGCUGCACGGAAGAAGAGUUCCUGCAGAUGGCCGAGAUCAUCUGCUCGACGGGCCGCGCCGACCGGGUCGGCACGAUCAUGUAUGCGGUCGGCUGGACGAUGCACACGGUCGGCAGCCAGAUCAUCCGCACCGCGGCGAUCCUGCAGUUGCUGCUCGGGAACAUCGGCCGGCCGGGCGGCGGCAUCAACGCGCUGCGCGGGCACGCCAACGUGCAGGGGGCGACCGACCACGCCAUCGUCGCCGGCAUCCUGCCCGGCUACCUGAAGGUGCCGACGCCGCCGCAGACGUCGCUGGCGGCGCAUCUGGGCGACUCGACGCCGCGGCCGCUCGUCGCCGACACCGUCAACUAUUGGGGCAACUACCCGAAGUUCUACGUCUCGCAGAUGAAGGCGUGGUUCGGCGACCACGCCACGCGCGACAACGACUUCGCCUACGACCACCUCGCCAAGCAGGACGGCGACGCGACCUGGCUGACCAUCUGGGACCAGGCGCGCCAGGGGACGCUGGAGGGCUUCGUGGCCCUCGGGUUCAACCCGCUGCUGGCCGGACCGGACGUCCCGCGGCUGCUCGACUCGAUGUCGAAGCUGAAGUGGAAGGUGGUCAUCGACCCCUUCAUGCUCGACUCGGCCGAGUUCUGGAAGGCGCCGGGGAUGGACCCGGCGGCCAUCGACACCGAGGUGCUCUACCUGCCGUCCUCCCACUGGAUCGAGCGCGACGGCUCGUUCACCAACAGCGGGCGCUGGGCGCAGUGGAAGGAGAAGGCGAUCGACCCGCCGCUCGGGGUGCGCCCCGACACCUGGAUCCUGUCCGAGCUCUUCUGGCGGGUGAAGGAGCUGUACCAGGCCGAGGGCGGCGCCUGGAACGACGCGAUCCAGCACCUGACGUGGGAGUAUCUGAACCCGCGCGAACCGAAGCUGGUCGAGUUGGCGAAGGAGAUCAACGGCUACGACCGGCGCAGCGGGCGGCUGCUCUCGUCGUUCGGCGAGCUGGCCGACGACGGGUCGACGACCUCGGGCAACUGGAUCUACACCGGCAGCUUCACCGAGGCGGGCAACCAGAUGCAGCGUCGCGGCACCGCCGACCCGACCGGUCUCGGCAUGCACCACGACUGGGCGUUCAGUUGGCCGGCCAACCGCCGCGUGCUGUACAACCGCGCGUCGGCCGACGCCGAGGGGCGGCCGUGGGAUCCGGCCCGCGCCGGGCAUCGCCUGGAACGGGCGCGAGUGGAUCGGCGACGUCCCGGACUACGGCCGGACGCACGCCGCCCGACGCGGCCGGGGCCUUCAUCAUGA